AUGACUUAUUUUCUUCACCACAAGAAACCAACACCAAAGGUUCCUUUUGAUGAGUUACAAUCUAAAGAUAUUCCAGGUGGAGAUGUUUUAAGUCCUCCAAGCCCAACCAAAGCAUUGCCAGGUAAACUGAAAGCAUCUCAGUUGAUCCAAAUCAACACUGCAGCCCUAUUGCCAGGCGCAAAACGGCAAGUGAACAAAGAACAAUCUGAUGUGGAAGCAGAUUUGGCAACAGAUGUAGACAACAAUGACUCAUCAUCGGUUGUAACUGGCUUACCUUCUGUUGUGACCAAUUCGCUCUCUGCCUCCGUCCAUCCUGUCACGAGACAAGAAGAUGACAUGCUUCCCAAGAGCUCUCUAUUGCAGAGUGUCAAUAAAGAGCGAGCCAAAAUCCAAGGAAGGAGACGUCCCUCUUCUCGACGAGCCAGACAGGAAGCUAUUAGAGCUUCUAGUAUUGAAGUGGAUGGUGAAAACACAGUGUAUGCUCCAACUGCUUCUUCAAAUUUGAUGAGCCCGUCCACAGACGAAGAGGACCUUUUCAGUGUCCCAGAUAUCAAAACUGUUUCGCCCACAUCUGACAUAUUCGGCACUCCUACAGUUCUGUCACCUCCCCCUCCAUUAGACGAAGAAGAUGAAGAAAUACCAAACCAAGAUGACAUUUUUGAAUCACAAAAUGCACUUGGUACUGUGAACAAAGAGAAAAAUGAAGUUAGUAUAGAUUCAGAAGUAAAACAACAAAAAGCUGAAGAUCUUUUUGGAGAUGUAGACGAUGACAGUUUGUUUUCAGACAUGAGAGAGGCACCGCCACCACUUGAAGAUGAUGAUGACAAUGACGAAGAAGAUGAUGAUGAAUUGUUUAUGUCUAACAAUCAAAGAAAAUCAUCUUACAAUUCAUUCAAUCAUUCAUUAUUCACUACAUCAGAAAAAAUUGAUAAAGUUUCAAAUAAAAAUGAUCUUUUAACAAAUGUUGUUCCUUCUGUGAAAGAAAAGGGUAAUGUUUCAUUUGAAAAAACAAACAGUUUUAUUGACAGUGAUGAUUCCCUGUUUCUUCCAAAAGUUAAUGCGAAAGCAAUUGGUAGUGACUCUUUGUUUUCCCAAACUGUUCAACAAGGGCGAACUGAAGAUUUUUCAUUUGAUUCAGCCAUUGGAACUGCUUCUAGAGGAGAUCCCCUCUUUCCUACCACGUUAUCAAAUCAAGUGCCUGCUGGUUUGAAAAACUCUGGAAAUAUUUCAUCCAAAGUAAAAAAUGUGUCCUCCCAAGAUAUAAAAUCUACUGAAGAUGAAAAUAAUGAUUUGUUUUUUACUAGUUCUGUUAAAUCAGCUAUGAGACCAGAAGAAAAUUCUUUAUUUAUAGAUUCAAUUGAGGAAGAAGCCUUAUUCAACUCGCACCCAAAAUUUAAGAAAGACAAUAAUAGUACAGAUCUUUUCCGUUCUAAAGAAAACAAGUCGGCUGAUGCAAAUGAUGAAUCUUUGUUCACUUCACCCAAGAGUUCAAAUAAUGGAACUUAUUUGGAACAUGAAAAUACUAAAUCUAUGAAACCAAACAUGAAAGAUGAAAAGCCUUUGAAGAAGGAUAUGCUUUUUGAGGAGGAAGAAGAGUCUUCAGGUAACCUGUUUGGAUCUGGAGUGAACAAGAAAGUAAAAACUAUUACACCAAUGAAAACUUCAUUAUUUGGGGAUGAAGACGAUGAUGAUAUCUUUGGGUCUUUAACUAUAAGUAAAAACACUUCAUCAUCAAAACCUACAUCUACAUUGAAUACUCCUUCAAAUUUAGGAAAUGCACAAAAAGGGACAAAACCGGCAACUUCGAAACCUGUAAAACUGGAGGCAAAACAAGCAUUCUCGGAUCCGUUAUUUUCCAACAAGUGAAGGCCAAUACAGAACUGACAGUGAAGAUGUGGUUUAACCGAUCCCAAGUUUUUUCCUUUAUUGUAUAGUACAUAAUACAUAUCUUUAGAAUCUUAUUUUAUAAUCAUGCCAUUGUGAUAAUCUUAGGCUUGGUUUAUUUUAUAUUUUUAUCAAUAAAUAAUUUUGUUUAUUCCAUUAGAAUGUACAUUUUGAUAUUUUAUUGUUUUAAUUGAUGUGGUCCAAAUUGUUAAAAUUUGUAAUUUUAAAAUUUAGCGUGGAUCAUCUGUAUAGAGUUUGAUUCCAAUGUUUUACUGAAGUAAUGAAAGGAUCAUUUGGUUAUGUACAUUUAAAAGGUUCUCUAAAUAAUAAUGUUCUGUUAAUUAUCUAAAAAUAGUAUAGAUAUUGAAAAUUGGCCACAGCUCGAUUUUAGCAUAAGAAUAAGUGCAUGCGAUUUUAGUUCCAGUGGUGCUUGUAAACUAAUCAGCUUAGCGUUAUGGUGGUUAUAUAAAUACAUAAUACAUCAAUACAUAAUAUUGGAGUUGAGUACAAAUUUUAAUCUUCGAAAUAAUUCAUAAGUAAUGGAUAAGUCUAGAGUGAAUAGCGAGCAAUUCCUGGGUCAAGUAACAUAUAUUAAUACAUAAUACAUCAAUACAUAAUAUUGGAGUUGAGUACAAAUUUUAAUCUUCAAAAUAAUUCACAAGUAAUGGAUAAGUCUAGAGUGAAUAGCGAGCAAUUCCUGGGUCAAGUAACAGAUAUUAAUACAUAAUACAUCAAUACAUAAUAUUGGAGUUGAGUACAAAUUUUAAUCUUCAAAAUAAUUCACAAGUAAUGGAUAAGUCUAGAGUGAAUAGCGAGCAAUUCCUGGGUCAAGUAACAUAUAUUAAUACAUAAUACAUCAAUACAUAAUAUUGGAGUUGAGUACAAAUUUUAAUCUUCAAAAUAAUUCACAAGUAAUGGAGAAGUCUAGAGUGAAUAGCGAGCAAUUCCUGGGUCAAAUAACAGAUAUUAAUACAUAAUACAUCAAUACAUAAUAUUGGAGUUGAGUACAAAUUUUAAUCUUCAAAAUAAUUCACAAGUAAUGGAUAAGUCUAGAGUGAAUAGCGAGCAAUUCCUGGGUCAAGUAACAGAUAUUAAUACAUAAUACAUCAAUACAUAAUAUUGUAGUUGAGUACAAAUUUUAAUCUUCAAAAGAAUUCACAGGCAAUGAAUAAGCCUAGCGAUUUAUUCCAGGAUCAAGUGACAUAUAUUUAAAAGUGCAAUACAUUAGAAACGCUGGUAAUAAUGUGAUUCAAGAAUCAAUAUUAGGUCAUAAUUAUUAGUGUAAUAGUUUAUGGAAAUAUGUAUUUAUCAUAUGUUCAGAAAUGUAGCUUUCAGUUGUUUUCAUGGUUAUAUUUUUUUACUUGUAUAAGGUAAAGGCUUUAUGUAUAUUUUUAAAGGUAUAUUCACAAAUGUUUGCUGUUAAGGAUUACAUUUUUUUAACACCAAGCAACUUGAGUGAAGUUAGAGUUAAUUACUAAGUGAAAGUUUGAGGUUCUUGUUUGUUGUAUGAAAGCUUUUUUACAUUAAAAACCAAAAUUAUUAUUACACUGUAGUAAAAAUAAAAUUUUCCCGUAGUUAUAGGUGUUAAUACUCGUAUAUUGGUGAUGUAUAUUACUAGACAAAUCAACAAUUUAUGUUUGAUUGUAUGGUUAUUAAAACAUAUAUUCUAUAGAAUAUGAGCUGUAGAUUAUUCAAUAUUUACUGGAUGCGUAACAUAUUUUAUGUAAUGUAAUAUAUUUUUCAUUUUCAAGAGACCAUCUCAGGUUCAUCUUUUAUAUAUUUGUUGGAUUAUAUUUUUAAACUGAAUCAGUCACGAUAUCAUAUUUUAUUAGCUAAAUUUUUAACUUAUUGCUUGAAUGUUAUAUUUUAUUUUUAGUUUUUCUUUAUUUCUUACAUGAAUUUUCCCUCUUUUUUGUCAGCCUGAAUUAAAUUUAGUAUUUUAUUUGUUAUAUGAAUAUUUUAUUCGAAUUUAUUACUGAUUACAUCCAGAUGUUUUACUGAGUGUUACGCUUACUGAUUACACCAAAGUGUUUUACUGAGUGUUACGCUUACUGAUUACACCAAAGUGUUUUACUGUGUGUUACGCUUACUGUGUUUUACUGUGUUACUCAUUUUACAAGAACAAGAUGCAGAGACAAACUGUUACUGAUUACAACAAAGUGUUUAACUAUGUGUUACUCAUUUUAAAAGAGCAAGAUGUUACUGAUUACAGCAAGGCAUUUUACUGUGUGUUACCUACUAAUUACAACCAAGUGUUGUACUGAGUGGUACUCAUUUUAAAAGAGCAAGAUGUUACUGAUUACAGCAAGGCAUUUUACUGUGUGUUACCUACUAAUUACAACCAAGUGUUGUACUGAGUGUUACUCAUUUUAAAAGAGCAAGAUGUUACUGAUUACAGCAAGGCAUUUUACUGUGUGUUACCUACUAAUUACAACCAAGUGUUGUACUGAGUGUUACUCAUUUUAAAAGAGCAAGAUGUUACUGAUUACAGCAAGGCAUUUUACUGUGUGUUACCUACUAAUUACAACCAAGUGUUGUACUGAGUGGUACUCAUUUUAAAAGAGCAAGAUGUUACUGAUUACAGCAAGGCAUUUUACUGUGUGUUACCUACUAAUUACAACCAAGUGUUGUACUGAGUGGUACUCAUUUUAAAAGAGCAAGAUGUUACUGAUUACAGCAAGGCAUUUUACUGUGUGUUACCUACUAAUUACAACCAAGUGUUGUACUGAGUGUUACUCAUUUUAAAAGAGCAAGAUGUUACUGAUUACAGCAAGGCAUUUUACUGUGUGUUACCUACUAAUUACAACCAAGUGUUGUACUGAGUGGUACUCAUUUUAAAAGAGCAAGAUGUUACUGAUUACAGCAAGGCAUUUUACUGUGUGUUACCUACUAAUUACAACCAAGUGUUGUACUGAGUGUUACUCAUUUUAAAAGAGCAAGAUGUUACUGAUUACAGCAAGGCAUUUUACUGUGUGUUACCUACUAAUUACAACCAAGUGUUGUACUGAGUGUUACUCAUUUUAAAAGAGCAAGAUGCAGAGAUAACCUGUUACUGAUUAAAGCAAGGUGUUUUACUGUGAGUUAAUCCUCUGUAUAAGGGUAAGAUGUGAUAGUUUGGGAAAGGUCAUGCAGUUAUUAGUUUUGUAGAUUACAGACAUUUUUAUUUUCUUAUGUUUUAAUCAGAAGAAACCUAAAUGAUGCAAUAGGUAAAGAUAUUAUGACCACAGAUCAACAGUGUAAUGUUAUAAUCAGAUGAAAAGUGCAGCUAAAAUUAAAACAUGAUUGUUGUUGCUCACAAACAUUGCGGUUACAUAAUGAUAAUGGAUUUAGUUUGGUGCUCGGUUUUAUAAAAGCGCCAUAAUCUCUCUUAUUUUUCAACAGAUUUUCUUAAAACUGAUAUUGUUGGGUUUGUAAUUAAAUUGUUUAAUUAAAAUGUAAUAAAUGGGAUUUUUGUAUUGUAUGUUAUUUUUAAGAUAUGUACGUUUAAAGAUUGUAGGGAGCUGCCAUUUUAAAAAUAAAGCUUCUAAAAAUUGAUUUUUUUUCUGUACUUAGGCCUUUAGGUUAUAAAUGUAUAUACCAAAUUUCAACUUAUUACAACAAGCUGUUCUCAAAUGAAAUAUUCUUAAGUGAAAAAACAAAAUGGCAGUUAUUCGGGUAAUUAUUCAGUAAUAGUACCGGAAAAUAUUGGCAGAGAGUUCUGGGACACCCUGUAUAUUCAAUAAUAUAAUAUUUGUAUUAAUUUAGUUUUGGACCCCUUACAAAUGUUAUGCUUAACUUUUUUAAUUUAUAUUUAUAAAUUAGUUCAUAGACUAAAUCCCAUCGCAUUUUUCAUGCAUCUCUCAUAUAUUUUCUGAAUUAUAUCGUCCGUGUAAAGCAAUAUAUUCACUUUUGUUUUUCCAAAAAUACAUCCUCCACCCAGUAAAUCCUGCAAAUCGUUAAUAAAUAAUGAAAACAAUACAUAAACCCCAUUUCAGCUUUAAAAACAGGUGACACCUCCCUUUUAACGCCAGACUCUGCGAUGUUUCUUCUGAUUCGUCACAGGCGUGAAAGAUUUUUCGUACUAUCAGUCAUUUAGUAAAUAUUUGCAUCAUUUACAAAAGUAGCUAUGGGAGUAAAAUCAACGGACUGGAUCGUACAUUUGUCACUAACUGAUAACUGCAUGUUAGCCCACUGCCACUCACUGCUCACUACAGGACACUCAUCGAUCAGGUCGAGUCACAAGGCGAGUCAGCUCAGAUUCCACUAAUCAGCUGACUAAUUAACUCCAAGUCUGUGUCCCCUACUUCAAACUUCAAUAAAGGUAUUUAUGGAUCAAUUUCAAUAAAACUGCAAAAUAUUGUAAUUUUUUGCAGCUAAAUCUCACCACGAAAUCAUGCCACAGCACCAGUUGUGCCAACCUAUAUUUUGUAGAUAACCUGUUUUAUAUGUGCUGUAGAUAUCAAUGUUUUAAACAAGUUUAAAAAGUUUGCUAAAAAGCAAACCAUUCUAACGUUUAUAUUAGUACUCAUACUUUAACUAUUUUCGUUUAUAAUUGUUGUUUAGUUUCAUUACAAUAAAGUUUUGUUGAAUCGAAUCAGGAGGUCUAGUGUAAAUUUAAUUAAAUGUAAUGUCUAUUGUUUCCUCCACUUUAAUGUUAGAAAAGCUGAUUUUCCGUAGUUGAAUAGUUAGGUACUAUCUAUAUGUUUUGUAUUUCCCUUGAUUUAACAAGAAUUACAAUAAAACUUGUUUUACAUAAUUUACUUGGGGUGUGCUGUUCUCAGUCAGAUGACAUUUCUAUUUGAGUGAUACCAUAAUAUAAAAAUCAGAUUACUUGUAAUAAGUUAGAUUUAUGAAUCCUCCGACUAAUUACAUAAUAACAUAAUAAAUAGUUUUGAUAAUAAAAUCUUUCUUUUCUAAGUUUUAGGUAUUAAAAAUAAUUUUAACCCUAGUCUUUUUGUUUGUUCGUUCUAAAGAAUGUAUCAUUUUUAUUUUUGAAAGAUAUAUAAAUCAAUUUUCAUUCCAUUAACAAAAUUAAGCGAUCUUGAGAAAAUUCGAAUGGUUUGACUUUUAAGUUACUCGAAGAAAAACAUUUCUAAGUGAAAAAGGCUAAUGGUAUGUCUGAUUUUAAGUGUAUCAGACUUUUAAGUGUAUUAUGAUACAUAAUGUUUCAUAAUAAUUAAAGUUGGUACACUGUAGGAACAUUACGGUUUUUAAAGAAGUGGUUGUAGUUUCCUCUGUGAGUUCUGAAUUGAACAAUUUGUUCAUCUCUCCAAACUGAACAAGAAUGUCCACCACAUCUGUUAAUUUUUGAACAACUGCAGAUAUAAUAUUAAACUUACAGGACAUUACUUGAUAACUAAGACAUAUAUUUUGAGGUAUUAAAUAAGUAGGGAAUUCUCUCAAUAAAAGAGGAACCAAACUCAGAAUUUAUAAUAAAAACAGCUUUACCCUUUUGUUACUUCAUUGGGAGGAGUAUAUAAACUUUCAUUCGUUUUUCAGAAUUCAGAAUGGUCAUAGGUAAAAUUGAACCCGUUAAAUCAAUUUCAUAAUCAAAUAUACGGAAAGAAAUAAAUUAUGAAUGCAAAAUACUCAGUUGUACAAUCACACAUGAUAAAAGUUUUAUUUUAAAUGUGGAAAGAUUCUUUUACUCAUGGAAAAUGUUACAAAAAGUCUCUAAGAUAUCAAGUUUUGACACCUCAGUUGGGGUUUAGGACUUGUUCUAAAACUUGGUUUCCAGAUCUGCCCUGUACCUUUCAAUUACUUGCAACAUUUAUUAUUAAAACACAGUGUACUCUUGUAUAAAUUGAUAUAGUUAAAAUGUGAAUAUGUUUAAAAUUUUGUUCUUUGAAAGAUUAUGACCAAUAAAAAUCAACACCUUUUGUUUGUGAAAAAUUUGAUUUUUUCAUUUCCUUAUAGGGGCUGUGUAAUUUUAAAUUUGAUUUCUGCUGAGGCACUUCUUAUUUAGGGGACAUUGCUAAACAUCUGAGAGUAGACCAAUGCGUAGGUCUAGUUAUUCUAGAAAAUUUCCUCUGGUUUAAUAUUUAUAUCUGAAACCGUUCAAAGAUAACAAAUGGUGGACUUUCUGUAGUCAUCUUGUAAUAGACUAAUGAAAUACUGAGAGUGUGUAUACAAUUAUUUUUAAAACGUCACUCGUCAAGCCUUACUGUUUUGGUGGUAAUAAUGUGUGUAUUAUAUUGUAUAUAUACAAACACUAAGAGCAAUGUCAUUGAAUAACUAUUUGUAAGUAAACAUGUAAAGUUUUGUGUAUAUACCAUAGACAGAUGUGGUGUAUAGUUUGUUAUUGUUGUUAAAGGACCAUUGAUUGUUCGGUGCAGCCUUAUGAGCAAGCUCUAUGUGAUAAAAUGUCAACAACUUGUAGUAACUUUUUUGUUGUAAACUAUUGCUUUAAUUUCAAUUAUUUGAGUAAUUGCUUUAUCAUGUAAGUUAUUUCAUAUAUUAUUAUAUAAAUAUAUACAUCUGUUAUUGGGAAUAAAUAAUUAUUAUCAUUAUUGUUUCUA